ACAAUACUGGUGUGAGAUGCAUGAUACUUGACAGAUAAACUUGGGUGGUAUUAUUUGAGCACUUAAACGACGUAAGCUGAAAGAUGUCAGUGGUCACGGCCGCUGCUUCGUUGAUGUUGUCACAUUUCCAGUGCGAAAAGAUAUCUGGUGAAAUGGAUAUAUUCUCUCAAGCGGUUCGUAAGUCCCAGCUUGAUCAUCGACUGCAGAAGCCCCCAGUGUCCGUGCAAGAUACAGAAGGCUUACAGUUGACAGGGUAUGUAUCAAGUACUACGUGCGAGGCUAACCCACGCAAGCUUCUUCAGUUACCUGUGGAGAAUACAUCACCAUAGCCCUGAUUACCAAU